AUGUCUGCUCAGCAGCAAACGCCUGCGAAGAAAUGCAGCCUACGGGGUCUCAGAGUUCCACAUACCGCUUUCCCUCAUUUGUUCCUGGUCUUCCUCCUGUUAAUGUACGCUGUUUUCGGAGCAAUUUUGUUUGAGCAGCUGGAAAGCACCAACGAGUCAGCAGAGAACUACGACGCUUUUUUGAAUAAGCUGUGGGAAAUUGUGAACGAAACUGACAGAACAGAAGGGAUUGAAUCUAAGAGACAGUACUUUAAAGAUGAAGUAAGAAAGCAAUUGAAAUAUUUUCGAAGUUAUUGGUCCGAUCUUAAAGAAAACAAAACCCAAUGGAACUUUCUUGGUUCUCUGUUUUUCUGCUGCACCGUGUUCACAACCGUCGGUUAUGGUCAUAUCUUUCCCUUAACAAUUGGAGGAAAAAUUGCCUGCAUGUUCUAUGCAACCUUUGGCAUCCCUGUUAUGCUCUUGGUCAUCACAGAUGUUGGAGACAUGCUGGCAGCUUUGCUUUCCAAAGUUUACAACAAGAUAAGAAAAUGGAUACCGAAGAACAUUUCUCCGCCGCCCUCAGCAGCACCGUCAAGGUGGUCUUCAUUAAAACAGAGCUUCACUAGAUCAGAAACUAAAUCUGAAACAAGAUCAAUCUUCUUUAAAAAUGGCUCACAUGUCAUCAUAACACCACUGAGCAUAAAAGGUGUAUUGAACACUCAGUCCUCUGUUAAAAGAAAAACUGAAAGGCUGAGAAAUGCUAAAAUAUUUGAAAAGUUAAUUGUUCAAGAACAUUUGAAUCAGAAACCUUUCCUGAUUAGCAGAAGAGACCGAAGUAAAUCAUGCCCCCAGCUGGAUAUAAAGCCAGUUGAAGAUGACAAUUUUUUUCCAUGCCUGGGACAGGAACUUGAAAAAUUCGAUGUACCAAUCAUUAUCAUCAUAGGUGUUGUUAUUUUAUACCUUCUUUUGGGUGCGGGUGUGCUUUCAAUUUGGGAAAAUUGGAGCUAUCUUGAUUCCUUUUAUUUCUAUUUUAUUACUAUUACUACUAUUGGCUUUGGAGACUUUGUCCCUGACCACCCUAAUUUUCUAAUGAUAACGUCGCUUUUGAUUAUUACUGGAAUGGCAAUCAUGUCUAUGGCUUUUAAAUUAACUCAGAACAGGAUAGCUUUUUGUUACAGACAAGUGGGCAUGUGGAUUCGUGGUGGCAAACAGAAUAAAUUUAGAGUGAUUUGA